UCUUCUUCGGCAAUAAAAUCUUGGUCACAGAUCGCCGCUACCACCACCGCCGCCGCCGCCUCGCAGCUCAAAACCCUAGUCUUCGUUCCCAAACCCCGGCUAGCGUCCAUGGAGAACCCCAGGCCCCUACCCCCUGCCAUCACCCCUCCCAUGGCCCCCCUCCCCGUCCACCCACCCAUCGCCCCCGUCCCCGUCCCCGUCCCACCCCGCGCCCCCGCCUCCACAUCCGCCGCUGCCGGAGGCGGGGACGAUGACGAGGUCGGCUACGAGGUCUCCGACGACCACCGCGCCGCGCGGGAGCGCCACGAGCGCGCCGUGCAGGAGCUCCUGCAGCGCCGGCGCGCCUACGCCAUGGCCGUGCCCACCAACGACUCCGCCGUGCGCGCGCGCCUCCGCCGCCUCGGCGAGCCCGUCACGCUCUUCGGCGAGGGCGCGAUGGAGCGCCGCGACCGCCUGCGUGCGCUCAUGGCCCGCCUCGAGGCCGAGGGCCAGUUCGACCGCCUCCUCCGCGCGCAGGAGGACGAACAAGUAGUCCCGGGCGACGACGACGACGACGAGGGCGCGGAGCAGAUCAAGUACCCGUUCUUCACCGAGGGGACCAACCAACUGCUCCAGGCGCGCGUCGACAUCGCCAUGUACUCACUGCCCCGCGCCAAGGCCAGGGUCGAGAGGGCCAAGCGACGCCUCGCCGACCCCGACGAGGACCCCGAGGCAGAGGCCGCCCUUGUCGUGAAGCAGGCGGCGGAUUUCGCGCUUGAGCGCAGCGAGAUUGGAGACGACCGCCCGCUCACCGGCUGCUCCUUCUCCCGGGAUGCCUCAAUGCUCGCCACAAGCUCCUGGAGUGGGAUCGUCAAAGUAUGGAGCUUGCCACAGAUAACCAGAAUUGCAACCCUGAAAGGCCAUACAGAACGUGCAACUGAUGUUGCCUUCUCCCCAGUCGACAACUGCUUAGCGACAGCCUCAGCUGAUAAAACUGCCAAAUUGUGGAACAGCGAUGGGUCACUUCUGAUGUCUUUUGAUGGCCACCUGGAUCGUCUUGCUCGCCUUGCUUUUCAUCCAUCUGGAAAGUACCUUGGUACAGCUAGCUUUGACAAGACCUGGAGAUUGUGGGACAUCAACACUGGAACUGAACUUCUACUCCAGGAGGGACAUAGCAGAAGUGUAUAUGGUGUCAGCUUUCACCCGGACGGUUCUUUAGCUGCAUCUUGUGGGUUUGAUGCGAGUGCUCGAGUUUGGGAUCUAAGAUCAGGAAGAUUGUACUGUACCCUCAUUGGACAUGUCAAACCUGUCCUAGGAGUCACCUUCUCACCUAAUGGUCAUCUGGUUGCAACCGCGAGUGAAGACAAUUUCUGUCGAAUAUGGGAUCUGAGGACCAGACAAAUGUUAUAUUCUAUACCAGCACAUAAGAGUCUCAUCUCGCAUGUGAAAUUUGAACCCCAGGAGGGUUAUUAUUUAGCAACAUCUUCCUAUGACACUAAAGCAGCGCUAUGGUCAACUCGGGAUUACAAACCAAUUAAAAGCUUGUCAGGCCAUGAGUCAAAUGUUACUAGUCUGGAUAUUAGUGGAGAUGGACAACAGAUUGUGACUGUUUCACUUGAUAGAACGAUAAAGAUCUGGUCAUGCAGAGGCAGCGCGCGGGAUAAUGAGAUGGAGUUGGAUUAAGCAUUGAUUCCACCGUUGCUGGAAACAGCAAUAUUGCUUCACAGCGAACUUGGCAGCGCGUAUAAACACAGAGUUGCAGACUGGGAGAACUGCAGAUCGAAAAGCAUAUCUGAUAGGUAUGUUUGCCAGGCAUGUCAUACAUUUUCUAUAGUACCUUAGUGGAAAUUCCACCAAACAUCACUGGAAAAGAUUGCCAGUUUUCAGUUAACAUUAUAUCAGUACAGAAGAUGCAAGUAUUUAGACAAACAUAAUUGAAUGAGCAGCAGUGCACACUGAUCUUUAGACGUAACGUCGUACAGAGAAGCUGGAUUGAUUCAUGUAGCAGAAGUUAUGUAUCAGCUGGAAACAGAAGGGUGGAAAUACAUAGUGUAAUUACCGGAAUGGUAUAAUUUUGAUACAUCCCACUGUCUCACGUAUCAUCCUAGCAUAGUUGCCAGUCUAGGAAUACGUCCUGAUCUUGUGUAUGUGUUUCUCUAAUCGCAUGCCCGUAGACAUGCCUAUCCGCCACCUCUUAAAUGUUGACAGGGGUUGUAUUCAUAAUCUCAUCAUCCACAACGUUUUUCCUGAAGGACAAAUUAAGUGCAGUCACGUUCCUUUUUUGCUCAGAAAAGGUAUUAAUAUAUUCGACUGCAAGUUACCACCACCUGGCCUUUAUUUUGGCUGCUAUUAUUCUCAUGUGACAGCAAUAUAGAACAACAUCAGAAUCUUGACAGUAUAUAUCUUGACUUAAUAGAUGUACUCCCUCCGAUUCAUAUUAGUUGACGCACACUUGGUACAACUUUGUAUUAAAGUUGUACUAAGUGUGUGUCAAUUAAUUUGGAUCGGAGGGAGUAUGACUCUUUCAAACCAAAGAUUCCUAGCUGCUUUUCCAAAAUAUGCUCACUUUCAGUGUAAGUGUUCAAUAGGGAAUUUAUUACUACUGGUGUUGGACCGUCAAACAAAGGAAACCUUAAUUACUGUGGUAUCUCUCCGUCUGUAUUUACUUAGAAAAUAAUUCCCCUGGAAAAAGUGGGGAAUCCAUAAACAAAGAGGAAUUCAUUUCUACAUUCUUAAUUAACCAAUGAACUAAAAAUCAAGAGGGGUUGACUGGCUGUACCCGUGCACUAAAUUGGCAGCCGGUACGCAUGUGUUUCUCUAAACUUUAUUCCUAUCUUCUGAAUAGGAAAACAAUUUUGGGUUUAGCUACGAUUGUAAAAAACUUGAUGGCGAGAACUAUGUUGCAACCUUGCAGAUCCUAUAUCCUAAUGGUAACCAUGGUAAACAGCAACCUAGGCGACAAACAAAGGAGUAGCACCAAGCAGAAUGUACCUCUAAGUAUGCCCAGGAUAAGCUGUUGCCAUUGCCAUGGAGUUCAUCAUUGUCCACAACUAGCUCCUCUUGAACCUGUGGUUGAAUGACCUCCUGAUCCUCCUGCUGGGGCAUGGCCCAAUAGCUACCUUCAUCCCAUCCAUCAUCAUCUGGAAUGUCAUUGUUUAACUGGUUGUCAUCUGGUUCAAAUCCUUGAAGGUUAUCAGCAUUUUCAAGCAGAGGAUGGGGGCAGGGGCGGCGCCAGUGUGGGGUCGUGUAGGGGCGGCCGCCCCGGGUAAAUUUUGGGACCUAGGGUAGCUCCUCUACUACUUUGGCUAGUGGCCGCCAUGGAAGAUGAGACGUGUUCCCUGUAACCUGUGUGUUCGAUCGUGGGAUCAGCCGAGGAGGAAGACGAGGAGCGAAAUAACGAUUCAUUUUUGAGAUGGGCCAGCUAGUACGUCUUAUAAGUUGGUAGUAAAGGCCCAAUUAAGCAGGAGCCCAUUUUUAUGUACAGCUUCAAGCCUUGACGUUCCCCAAUUUCUCUAACUUCCCAUCACGAUCGACGGAGUAAACAAAUCUGGGCAUUAGGCCAUCACGUCUUCCGCCGCCGGCUCGCCGCCUCACCCUGGUGCUGCCCAAGCCCGAUAGAUGGUGCUUAAUGGAGAUCUGAGAGCCGGGUCGCCGCCUUGCCGUUCCCAAUUUCUGGCAACUUCGCCACUGGAAUAGCCAUGCGCCGCGCUUACAAGUACAAGCAAGCAGCCAUGGAGGACACAAACAGCAGGUACCUGGACUUGAAGAUUGGACAUUUUGGGAUGAAGAACGAAAGAUUCAAUCAGCGGGAGCACAAGUUAAGCCUUAUAAUUGUUUUGGUUGUUUUCAAUGCUUUUUUACCUAGUUCUUGAGAUUGAAACUACUUUGAACAAUUGUUUGUGUUGAUUGUCUUAUCUGUAUGCAUACUACUUGCUAAAUUUAUGGUGUUGAUUGUCUUGUUUGAUACCAUCAUGGAUUCAGAUUUUGUUUACUUUAAAAGUCUGCCCCGGGUAACUUCAAAUCCUGGAUCCGCCACUGGAUGGGGGUCUACACCAGGUGGAGGGAACGGGUCCUCAUCAGCUGGCCCUCGCCCAAGCAUGUUCUCAAGAAGCAAUUCCAUAGAGCAUGACCAGGUAUCCUCUUCAAAAUCCUCUCCCUCACACCAUAUUAAGCUCUUGGGGAUGCUGCCAAGAUCAGUUACUUUAGCAUUAACUAAAACCCCUCCUCUCCUAGUUUCAUCCUUCUCCCACAUCAUCAACCUACCAAACUUGCUGAUCGCAUGCGUCAGAUCUUCAGUGGUCCAAAAAUCAAAAGGGACUCCAGUCAGCAGCAACCAAACAUCUCUGUUAAAAUAGGUGCGUCUCCAAUUUCUCUCCUCAUUGUGUUUGACAAAAGUAAGGAAUAUAUCUCCAAAUGCAUGCGGAUUGUCUCUUAUUAACCUAUCUCUGUCCUGAACCCGCGCAAACCGCACAUACGCUUCUCCAAAAGGGCACUCUUGCCCAUCUCUCACCUCAGCAUGAACAGAAAGGGGGAAAUCUUCAACUACUUCUCUGACAUUCUGAAAAAUACCUCAGCUGGCCCAGUCUUGUGCAUGAAGAUAAGUUGGAGUUCAUUGAUUGGUUUGCUAAUAUCCAUAUGCCAAAUGAAGUAGACUGGAUGAUCAUAGGAGAUUUCAGCUUCAUUAGAAGCCCAUCUGAUAGAAACAGAGCUGGGGGAGAUGCCAAUGAGAUGCUUCUUUUUAAUGAGGCCAUUAGCAAAUUAGGUUUUGUUGAGUUGCCCCUAAAAGGCAGACAAUUUAGCUGGUCUAAUAUGCAAUUCGGCCCUCUUUCGGAAAAGUUGGACUGGUUCUUCACCUCUGCAGCUUGGCUUACCCUCUUAUCCUGACUCUGUGGUGCUGCCCCUUGCUAGACCAAUUUCUGAUCACCUGCCUUGUGUGAUCAAAAUAGGGACUUCCAUUGCUAAAUCAAACAUUUUCAGGUUUGAAAAUUUCUGGCUUCACCACAACACUUUCAAAGAGAUGGUGGCCAAUGCUUGCACAUACCUGUGGGUUACACCGACUUUGCUAAGAAAAUUACUACUAAAUUUAAGAAUUUGGGAACGGCUAUUAAGUUAUGGGCAAAACAAUUGUUAGAUCUUAAAAAGCAAAUUGCCACCUUGAAUGACUGGAUUGGAUUAUUUGAUAUUCAGAGAGUCAAGUCUUUGCGAAUGGAAUUGCAGAUCUAUUUUGUUAAAGAAGAAUUACUUGUGGUCCUUAAGAACCAAAUGAUUUAUUGGAAGCAAAGAGGGAGAAUCAAAGGGGUUAAAUUUGGAGAUGAGAACACAAUUUUUUUUCACACAAAAGCAACCAUAAACCUUAGAAACAAUCACAUUGCUAUUCUUCAGAACGAUGACAAGGUGAAGAUUACUGAUCAUGAUGGAAAAUCAGCUAUUUUGUGGAAUGCUUUCAAGCAAAGAUUGGGCAUGACUGAAGAAACUACUAUGCAUUUUGAUCUCCGGGAUAUUUUACAUCAACAACUUGACCAUGCCCUCUUUGAAAGUUUGGAAACUCCUUUUACUGAUCAGGAGAUAAAUGAUGUAGUUAAGGAACUACCCAAUGACAAAUCUCCUGGUCCUGAUGGUUCCAAUAAUGAGUUCUACAAAGCUUGUUGGGGUAUCAUUGGUCCAGACAUCAGGCAACUAGUUCAUGAUUUCCAUGCAGGGAACAUCAAUUUGGAAAGCAUUAAUUCCUCAUACAUCACUCUCAUUCCAAAGGUGGAUUGCCCCAUAUCACCAAAUGACCUAUAUCCUUGCUAAAUAGUUGCCUCAAAAUCAUCACCAAGCUAUUGGCAAACAGGUUACAAAAAAUCAUCUUGAAGAUUGUGCACAUUAAUCAAUAUGGGUUUCUCAAGGACAGAGCAACCCAAGAUUGCUUGGGUUGGGCAUAUGGAUACCUGCACCAGUGCCAUGCCUCUAAAGAGCAAGUGGUUGUGUUAAAAUUGGAUUUUGAAAAGGCUUUUGACAAAAUUGAACACCAAGCAAUUUUGGAAAUUCUCAAGGCUAAAGGUUUUGGUAGUAAAUGGAUUCACUGGAUGAAAGUGCUAUUUAAUUAUGCUUCAUCUUCUGUGAUACUCAAUGGAGUGCCAGGAAAGGAAUUUUAUUGUAAGAGAGGGGUCAGGCAAGGUGAUCCCCUCUCCUCUCUACUGUUUGUCCUUGCUGUAGACCUACUUCAAUCCAUCCUAAACAAAGCAAUGAGCAGAAAGUUAGUUAUACCCCCUUUAAAUGUGGGUAGCUGUCCUGAUUUCCCUGUUGUGCAAUAUGCUGAUGAUACCCUGAUCAUUAUGAAGACAAACCCAGUUCAUUUGUUCAAUCUCAAGGCUUUGCUCAAUACUUUUGCUACUGCUACAGGUCUCAAGGUAAAUUAUCACAAAUCAAAUUUGAUUCCUAUCAACUUAUCUGAAGACAGAUCUGACAUCAUGAUUAACACCUUGGGAUGCAAAAGAGGUUAUUUUCCAUUCACAUAUCUUGGAUUGCCACUUGGACUAGUUAAACCCACUGUAGAGCAAUGCCUUCCUCUGGUGCAGAGAAUUGCAAAAAAACUAAUGGGACUGGCAACAUUCAUGACACAAGCUGGGAGACUGUUACUGGUCAAAUCUAUUCUUGCAUCUCUACCAAUCUUUUUCAUGUGUUGCUUGGAUAUACCACAGACCAUCAAAAAACAAAUUGCAAAAUAUCUUAGACACUCUCUCUGGAGAGGAUCAGACAUGGAAGAUCACAUGCCAGCAAUGGUUGCUUGGAGUGUGGUGUCUAGACCUAAAAAUCAAGGAGGCCUGGGAAUUUGCAACUUAAGUGUGCAAAACAAUGCUCUUCUGCUGAAAAACUUGCACAAAUUCUUUAACAGUCACAACAUUCCAUGGGUAAAUUUGAUUUGGGAAAUUUAUUACAGUAAUGGCAUGUUGCCUGGUCAGAACAUGGUUGGAUCUUUUUGGUGGAAGACAAAUUUGAAACUGCUUGUUCAAAUCCAUGGCCAUAUGCAAUAUUGGUGAUGGGAAGUCUGCUCUAUUCUGGACUGAUCAAUGGCACUCUACAUGUCUAUUUCAAUGCCUGCCUCACUUAUCCUCUUUUACAAAGAAUACUCUAUUAUCAGUUCAGGAAGCUACCAACUUGGAAUAUUUGGAAGACCUGUUUCACCUCCCCCUGUCUACACAAGCUUAUGAGGAAUUCCAGCAACUUGAGAUCAUCUGUGAGGAGGUUAGAUCAUCUGAAUACAGGGAUUGUAAUGACACCUGGAGCUAUUUAUGGGGGUCUGCUAAUUUCUCUUCUUCAAAACCAUAUACCUGCAUGAUUGGAGUUAAAAUUGUACCACCUCACUUCCAGUGGGUUUGGAACACAUCAUGUCAACGCAAGCACAAAGUUUUUUCUGGAUGGUGCUUAACCUACUCAGAAGAAAAACAUUUCAUUUGGACACAUACAACUGUGUUGUGAUGGAUUGUCAACAGGAAGAAACCUUACACCUAUUCUGGGGAUGCCCUUUUGCUGCUUUUUGUUGGAACUUUGUUUGCCCCAACAAAAAUGUAGCUCUGUCAGUAUUACAGACCAUUGAAGAUAUGAAGCAGAGUCUGGCCUUGCCUUUUGCUAUGGACAUUAUUAUUUUGGCUUCUUGGGCCAUCUGGAUAACUAGAAACAACAGGAUAUUCCCAAAUCCCCCCUUCAUUUCAAAGAUGAAAGGACACCUACUUCAUGGAGCUCAAUUUGUUAAAAUUCAGAAUGAAGAAGUACUCCACUUUGUAUCAAUCAUGGCUGGACUCUGUAUUGUAAUUUUCUUGGUUUUUCUUUUCUUUUCUUUUACUUCUCUCUGUUUGGCCUUUUUAGAUAGCUUUUAUUUUAUUUUAUUUUAGGUUCUAUUUUUGUUCUGUUGGCUUACCUCAAGCCUGUAAGACCUGCCCCUUUGGGGCCUUUCAGGGAUUUUUCCUACUGUGUACAGUCAAAAAAAAAGAAUGUACCUCAACCGCAGCAGAGGCUGAUGAACAGAGAAAACAACCGCCACACAGAUUGACCCAGCCAAUUGUAAGAGCAUCACUUCCGGAUUUGGUGUUUUCCUGAAAGAGCAAAGGGGCAAAGGAUUUCUUCAGUAUUGCACAAGACUUUGAUCUAUCUGGCUGGUUCUGCUUCAGCUGAGGCUAUCGCCGAUGUUGCCCUCUGCUCUAUGGAGCCAUGGAGGUUGUGAAGGUCCGUGUUCAGACACAACUUGCCUUUGCAAGAGGUUUAUCUGAUGGGCUCCGUAAGUUUGUGAAGGCUGAAGGAUAUGCUGGGUAAGUUGAGGCAAGUGACUGAAAUAUUGAAAUCUAUUGUUCUCUGUAACUGUAAUCUCGCUCUUCAUAAACAACUCUCCUUAUGCAGCUUGUACAAGCGAAUUGUUCCGCUCUAGGGCCGACAAAUUACUGUUGCUUAACUUGUAGCCCCAGGGAUAGAGUGUUGCUUCCGUGUGCUGAGUUCAAACCUGUACGAUGAACACCAAGUUCAAACCUGUACGAUGGCAGUGAAGUCGCGCCACCGAAUCUCUUUGCAUCCUGAUGUAAUUAGUUCGUUAAGUAUUCAAUUCUAUAGCAGUAAUUAUUUCUGAAUUUCUCCUGCUGCUGGUUACCGAGUUCCAAGUGACAUUCAGUGUUCUCUAAAGGAAAUUUUUUUGUACUACUAGUAAAAAUGAUUUUUAUUACAUGAGAUAUUUUCCAGAACCAUCAGUUACUCUUCAACGUGGAAUCUAUUCAUUAUAUGGAUUUGUUAUUCCUGGGCCAUGUCGUUGAUUAUAUGAUUUUAUGUUUUUCCACUAUUGGGAAACUGCAAUCGCAAGUGUAGUGGGUGGCGGUGGCAGUUAUGUUUUGCCAGU